AUGAAUGCCAAGAUUGAGGCCUUGGAGAAGGGCAACACUCCCGAGGAGAGUUUUAGACCUGGUCAACACCCCUUUACAGCCGAAAUCAUGAGGGCUGAACUCCCUAGGGGCUUCAAGCCUCCCACUUUUGAGGCCUAUAAUGAGAAGGGCGACCCCAACGACCACAUCAGCUACUUUAAUGCCAUAAUGACCAUGUAUGGUGGGUCUGAUGUCCUGUCGUGCCGCUCCUUCCCCACCUCCUUGAAGGGGCCAGCAGUGCUCUGGUUUGGUAAGCUAAAGCCCAACUCCAUCAGAAGCUUCACCGAGUUGGCUAGGACGUUCGUGAGCCGCUUUCAGAGCAGCAGCAAGCAAAAGAAGAUUGCUGCCAACCUAUUGGCCGUCAAGCAGCGACCUGAUGAGUCCAUUAGGGAUUACAUCACCCGCUUCAAUGGGGAAAGCUUAGAGAUCAAGGACCUAGAUGAUGCAAUGGCCUUCAAUGCCUUGCAUAACGGGGUCACCAACCAUGACUUGGUGAAGUCGUUUGCCCUGGAUCUAGUAACCACCAUGCCACAGUUGCUGGACCGCUGCUAUUAG